CACAGUUCGUCUUCAAUAACCCGCAUAGAUUAACAAUUUCAAUUUUAAAUCGGGGGUACUUUUGUCAGAAUGUAUAGGUUCCAUGGUGACUUAAAAAUGAACGUGCCAAAAGCAUGGAUGCAGAUUUUGUGUCUCGUGAUGUUGUUUGGCCAGAUGCAAGCCAACAUAGACUCGAAGGAAUAUUUCUGUGGGAAAAAAUUGGUCAGGACGUUGACUGAAUUAUGUUCGAUUUACAACAAUCCGACCUUUGGGCGCAACAGAAUCCGCAGACAAAUCGUGGAAGAAUGUUGUCGAUCUCAGUGUUCCCGUCGCUAUUUAGUCCAGUAUUAUUGUCAAGUGGCAAAAAGUCCAAUAGCUAAACUCCUGAACGGAACACCUGAAAACGCCAGCAAAGUAGCACACGAAAAAGACAGCAAUAACGCGCCAUCCGACCACAGCGCCCCCUCGCCGGCUGAAGAGAGAAACAGUCUGAAUAGAAUUAAGAAAAUGAGAAGGUUACAGUCAGCCAGAAAUAUGAUUCACCAUAAUCCUGUUCCUCCUGCGAAUAUCGGACAUGUUGAACACUCUCAGAAGCCUUUUUACGUAUGGAGAUUUUCACGAAUGUACUAGAUGAGGCUUGAUUUAGUUCAAAUUUGUCACCCACUCUACUUAUUUAAUUGCAUCAAGAUUCAUUGUUGUCGUUUUCAUUGUAUAUUUAUUUGUUGCUAUACUGUGAUUUAUUUUAAGAUGUUUACGUGACAACACCUAUUGUGAUUUUAGUAUUUUUUUAAAGGCUGUUUAACAUUGGUUGAGGUUAUGAAACAACAAAUGAAGUUAAGAGUGUAUGAAUAGUUAAUAUCGAUUUAACAGUCGUCCAUGUAUUCUUUCUUAUACAAAAUUUUAGUACAAAUUGUGGUGCGACGAUAUUGACUAUUUGGAAGGUUCAUUAUAAACAGUUUCGUUUUCUUUUAUUGUAAUUUAGA